AGCACGCGCGACAGCCGUGUUCUCCACGUGCCACUGCCCUCGGCGCGCAUCCUCUUUCGACACGACUCCGGCCUCACGCAGCAUUGUACCGCCAACUACAUUACCACCGACACGCGAUCCAUCAUGUCGCGACCAGGCCUGCCCGAGCGCCGAAACCCAAUGCUCGAGGAAGAGCGCGCUCCUGGUCAUGAGAUCCUGGUAGAGCGCCGAUGCCUUGGACAGACGGAGCUCAAGGUGAAGCCUGGCCAAGUUGGCACGAGCAAUGCGACAAAGCAGGAGAACCUGGGCACGCUGGACUACGCGCAUCUACGCGUUCCACUGCCCAAGGACUUGACCGGCAGCGGCAUCUUUGCCAAAGGCGCAAACCGCAAAUGGCCCGAGGCAUACUUCUUGAUGGUACGUGAAGACACAACGCAAUGCGCGACAUGCACGCGACAGGCGACAUGCGACACGCGACACGGCAGCUAA